AUGUAUGGCUGGGAAAAACCAUUAGAAGACGUUGUGCGAAAUACUCGGGAAAAUGAGUUUAAGAGUAUUCGGCGAGCAACGCGCAUUCGAGCAUGUAAUAUGGCUAUUUCUUUUGCUUCACUACCCAUCAUUUCUUUGGCUACAUUCGGCAGUAUUUGGUUAAUGGGUCGUCAACUAACCGGCUCACAGAUAUUCACAGUACUGUCAUUUUUCUCAAUACUCCGCGCUCCGUUGACAAAUUUUUUUCCCUUAAGUCUUGAGAGAUUGAGUGAAGUUAUAAUUUCAACUAGACGAAUCGAUGAGUUUAUGAAUCUGUCGAAAGACGAUGACAGUGAAAAAGACACAGACAAUGCACAUGGCAAGGACGAAUUGGCAGGUACUGUACUAAUGAACAAGGCAUCCUUCUGUUGGGAUGCUCAAAAUCAGUCAUGUUUAUUGAAAGACAUUGAUAUAAAUGUAAAACAGGGUUCGCUAGUUGGUGUUAUGGGAUCAAUUGGUUCCUGUAAAUCGUCAUUAUUAAUGGCUAUCCUCGGUGAAAUGAAACUUUCCUCAGGAACCAGUAGCUGUAAUGGAACUUUUGCUUAUGCCUCUCAGACGCCAUGGAUUUUUGCUGAUACUAUAAGAGAGAAUAUUCUAUUCGGCAAGUCACUAAAUCCUGAACGAUAUGCAAAAGUGUUACAGAUCUGUUGUUUAAUACCCGAUAUCGAUUCAAUGGUAGCUGGUGAUCUAACGGUCAUCGGUGAGAAGGGUGUGAAUUUAAGUGGUGGUCAGAGGGCAAGAGUUUCCUUGGCAAGAGCCAUAUAUGAUAAAGCCGAUAUUUAUUUGUUUGAUGAUCCACUCGCAGCAGUUGAUUCCACAGUUGCUCAGUCUAUAUUUGAAGAUUGUAUUGGUCCUGAUGGAUUUUUGAAGACAAAAUCACGAAUAUUAGUUACACAUCAAAUAGAAUUUUUGCCAAAAGCCGAUCACUGUGUACUUCUAGAUCGCGGUAGAAUUAAAGGUCAAGGUCAUUUCAAUGACUUGUUGACAUCAGCUGAAGAAGUAAAACUAUUGUAUGAUCUGAGAAGGGCUCAAUUUGAUAGAGUAGCACAGAAAAGAAAGCAUGUGGACACUGUGAAAGACGGAGUUACAACAGAGUCAGUUGUGAAACCGGAUGAACAUAGUAUUGUAAAAGAGGAAGUGUCAGCCGGAGGUAACAUUAGUGCUGGUGUGUGGAUGAAAUUAUUUACAGCGAAUCACGGAUGGAUUGGAUUUGUGCCAAUCGUAAUUCUGAUGUUCGUGGGUGAAGCACUAUAUGAUGGAACUAAUCGAUGGCUUAGCAU